GAAAACUCACAGAACUAACAGUAGGCCUACAAUUUAUUAUUUUAGGUAUGCUAACUUUGUAGGUCACACAUUAUUACUUUGUAGCUGCGAAAAUGCCGACGCACGUGGCAGACAGACAAUUGUGACGCAGAUAAUAGGUUGCCAGAUUGGUCAGAUUGAUCUGAAUAUGUUUUAAGGAUUUGACCCACACAGUGCAAGAUCAUAACCUGGCAACUCCGCCGAAUUUGAAAAGAGUCGUUGAGCACACAAUCUGAUUGAUGUCAUAAAUAGUGAGGACAGUUGGUUACCAUGCCAAUGGGCAAGCUGGGCAAAUAGCUCCAGAAUGUUCAGUUUCCCACACACUUAAUUGUAUAACACACAGCUAGUCAACUAGUAGUUUGAGUUGUAAUGUUUACUCAUUGUCUUUGAAAAUUAGGCUAUAUUUGUCAUCAAAAUGUCACAGGUUGCCCAUAAGGUAGGGCUGUGCAAUAUCAAUAUUUUAUGUUUGGCCUUUAUUUUCUGUCUCAUAAAGCCAGUUUAUGCAAAGCCAACUCCUGCAAAUGUUUUUGCUUCCUCAUCAUCGCUGGAGUACAUGACUUUGAUCAACCCUGUUCGGAACAACCUCGAUGUCACAACCCCAAAACUGACCCAUUUUGUAAACACAUUGCUUGGACAAUUUGAGAGUUUGCUGGGGAAAGAUGGUACUUCUCCAGGUAAUUUGGACCAGGUGACUCAAGGAUAUCCCGGACCCUACACAAACGCUAAAGACCCCCAGGGGCUUGUGAAGUCCCUAAUGUCUGUUCUACAGACUUACAAGAAGCAAACAGCAUCACAAGGUAAUGAUCACGUCUUCAAACUGUGGGGAAAAGCUCCAAAAACAAAGAAGAGCACCAAUGAAAUCAAACCCAGAGUCAACAUAUUGACAGACCCCACUUACUCCGAGCCACUUGUGAAAGUUAACAUGAUUUUGGGCCUAUUUUUCUAUGGCUUCAUCAUGAUAGUGUUUAUCUAUGACUCUGUCCGAGUUUCCAUGGAGGCCAGAAGAAGAUCUGACGCUCUAGCUGAUGCCAGGCUGAAGAGAAAAGAACCACCCCCUGUUGAACCACAGUCAACUUUAUCCAAAUAUCGGCAGAGCAUCGCUUCAUUGUUUCAUUUGGAAAAUACAUCAUCCAUAGCUGACGGUUUGAAGGCAAAUUAUCCCAAGGAAGAACCUGAGUCAAACACACAAUUUGCAGACUGUGCAAAAGGAAAGAGUGCUGUCAGCCUUAGAGAGUGGGAGCCUCUGCCUAAGUCUCAGCUGACUGAUGUUUGCGUCAACUGAGGACCACGUCUUAAUACAGAGUGACAUUUAAUGGAAGCAACAGAAAUUAACUCUCCAAAUAAAAUAAUGUUGAGACUGCCACCUUUGAAGACUGCCACUUUCUGUCUCAUCAC